UAGACGUCCCCAUCUGGCCAAUGGAAUAUUGCAAGUGCGGGAGGGCUGUAGGAGAGAACCAAUGGCGCGGUGCCAAUAACAAGCAUCGGGGUAAGGGCGGGACAAAACUGUUCGUUGAAGGGAGGGGAAGGCCCAGCGAACCAAGCAGCGCUGCCGCCGCCGCUGCCGCUGUAGCCUGAGUUGGAGGAGGGAGAAGCCAGGAAGAAAAUGGCGGCUGUGGCUGCAGAGGCGGCAGCCACUGCAGCGUCCCCCGGGGAGGGGGGCGCCGGCGAGGCCGAGCCGGAGAUGGAGCCCAUUCCCGGCAGCGAGGCCGGCACUGACCCCCUCCCGGUCACGGCCACUGAAGCAUCUGUGCCGGACGGCGAGGCCGACGGGCAGCAGUCCUCUCCUCAGGCCGACGAGCCGCCGUUCCCGCCGCCGCCGCCGCCGCCGCCGCCGCCGGGGGAGCUAGCCCGCAGCCCGGAGGCGGCGGGGCCGGAGCUGCAGCCUGAGGAGAAGCUGCCCGCCCGGGUGGUGGAGCCGGCGGCAGCCGCGCCACAGGAAGGGCCUGGCCUUUCACCUUCCCCUGCAUCGCCGCCCGAGGAGCCCGCGGCUCCGGAGGAACGCCAGGAACCGCCGCUGCCCCAGCCUUCAGCCCCGGCGCUCGUGCCGCCGGCGGGCGGCGACUCAGCGGUGUCGCAACUGAUCCCCGGUUCGGAGGUGCGGGUCACGCUGGACCACAUCAUUGAGGACGCGCUCGUCGUGUCGUUCCGCCUCGGGGAGAAGCUUUUCUCCGGGGUCCUCAUGGAUCUGUCCAAAAGGUUUGGGCCCCAUGGGAUCCCUGUGACAGUAUUUCCCAAAAGGGAAUAUAAGGAUAAACCUGAAGCCAUGCAGCUCCAAAAUAAUACAUUCCAAGAAGGGACAGAUGUCAAGCGUGAAGUGAAUGGUGCUGUUCCCGAAGACCCUUCUCCUGUCCCGCCUCCUGAGCUGAGCUUGGCCGAAAGCCUGUGGACUUCCAAACCACCACCUCUCUUCCAUGAAGGAGCACCUUAUCCUCCCCCUUUGUUUAUCAGGGACACAUAUAACCAAUCAAUACCUCAGCCACCUCCUCGGAAAAUUAAGCGACCCAAACGAAAAAUGUACAGGGAAGAACCUACUUCAAUAAUGAAUGCUAUUAAACUACGACCCAGGCAAGUCUUGUGUGACAAGUGUAAAAACAGUGUCGUUGCUGAAAAAAAAGAAAUUAGAAAAGGUAGUAGUGCAAGUGACUCUUCUAAAUAUGAAGAUAAAAAACGGAGAAAUGAAAGUGUAACUACUGUGAACAAAAAACUGAAAACUGACCAUAAGGUGGAUGGGAAAAACCAAAAUGAAAGCCAGAAAAGAAAUGCUGUGGUUAAGGUUUCAAAUAUUGCUCACAGCAGAGGCAGAGUAGUCAAAGUUUCUGCUCAGGCAAAUACAUCAAAAGCUCAGUUAAGUACUAAAAAAGUGCUCCAGAAUAAGAACAUGGAUCAUGCAAAAGCUCGGGAAGUGCUGAAAAUUGCCAAAGAAAAGGCACAGAAGAAGCAAAGUGAAACCUCUACGUCCAAAAAUGCACAUUCAAAAGUCCAUUUCACACGUCGAUACCAGAAUCCUAGCUCAGGUUCCCUUCCACCCCGGGUUCGUUUAAAACCACAGAGGUACAGGAAUGAAGAAAAUGACUCUUCUCUGAAGACAGGACUGGAGAAAAUGCGGAGUGGCAAGAUGGCACCAAAGCCCCAGUCCCGCUGCACCUCUACCCGCUCAGCAGGUGAGGCCCCUUCAGAAAAUCAGAGUCCCUCCAAAGGCCCUGAAGAGGCCAGCAGUGAGGUUCAGGACACAACUGAAGUGCUUGUGCCUGGUGAGCAGGAUGAACCACAGACACUGGGCAAAAAGGGCAGCAAAAGCAAUGUCUCUGUUUACAUGACCCUAAAUCAAAAGAAAUCUGACUCUUCCAGUGCUUCAGUGUGUAGCAUUGAUAGCACAGAUGAUUUGAAAUCCUCCAACUCUGAGUGUAGUUCUUCUGAAAGCUUUGAUUUUCCUCCAGGCUGUAUGCAUGCACCUUCCACAUCCUCUACUUCCUCCUCUUCAAAGGAAGAGAAAAAGCUCAGUAAUUCCUUGAAAAUGAAAGUCUUUUCCAAAAAUGUCUCUAAGUGCGUCACACCAGAUGGCAGGACCAUAUGUGUAGGGGACAUUGUUUGGGCCAAGAUAUAUGGCUUCCCCUGGUGGCCAGCCCGUAUUCUUACUAUAACUGUGAGCCGGAAAGAUAACGGCCUUUUAGUCCGACAGGAGGCCCGUAUUUCAUGGUUCGGGUCUCCAACAACAUCUUUCCUGGCUCUUUCGCAACUCUCCCCCUUUUUAGAAAACUUCCAGUCACGCUUUAAUAAGAAGAGAAAGGGCCUGUAUCGCAAGGCUAUCACAGAGGCAGCUAAGGCUGCCAAACAGCUGACCCCUGAAGUGCGGGCUCUGUUGACACAGUUUGAAACGUGAACAUGGACAGUAAGGUAGGCAAGAACCUUUGGAAGGCGCCACAGGUUUUCUAGUCUAGUUAGGGGUAACUUCUACAAGAUAGCUUGGCCAAAUUGGAGAGAGAACUUGCACUCAGUUGGCUGCUUUUUUAUACUUAACCUUACAGCCAUUUUUAGACUGAGAAGCUUAAACUGAACAAGCAAUCAAAUUUUGUCUUAAGGAAGUGAGAUUUUAGUAUUUUUCAGUUUUGAAGUCUAAAACCACCCCAAGGCAUAGGAGCCAUAGCCUCAACUGAAAAUGAAUUUUUGCAGGGACUGUUAAUUGCCAUUUGUACCUAGUACUGUGUGUAUGUGUAUAUGUAUAUACACACAUGUAAAUAUGUGUGUGUAUAUGCACAGAUACAUACAUGUAUCAAAUAUAGCCUGUCACUGUGUGACACAGGUUGCAUAUCUGGGAUCAUAGUAAGGGCCGGUGAGCUAGGGGGAAUAGGAGAUUUAAUGACUACUUGUUUUUUAAUUAAUGAACACUUAGCCUUUCUAUGUGCAUAAUGGCACGGGAGUUUGAUACUUAGAUGUUUGACAAACUGAGAUGCUUGCUGUUGAAUUGCACACUGGGGAAAUAGCCCAGUAUUUGGGAUUAAGACUGUCAAGGCUGGCUAGGUCUGAAUCAUUGCUCUCUCUCUUGUCCAGUGGGGACUUAAACACUUUCAGACUUCUGGUUUGGGAGGUUAGAUAGGUUUGUCUUUGGAUAUGUAAAUAGGUGAUUGAUAAAUUUGGUCAGAUUUCUCCUGACUGGCUCUUCCUAAAUUCUUAGGAUAUGUCCUGGUAAAUUACACUUUGUGAAUUAAUUGUCAUAUAUGUAAUUGUUGCAUUUUGGAUGUACCUAGUUUGAUAAUUUUUAAAAAUAUUUCCAUUUAAGGUAUCUGUUUGCAGGUCAGAAAAUGAGAAAAUGUAAUUGUGUAAUGCUCUGAAAUGUAAAAAAAACAAGCUGUAAAUAAAAUCAACUAAAUCCAAAUUAUUUGUGUGUGUUUCUCAAAAAGCUUUGAAAAAUUUCAAGAUGGUAGAAAAUUAUUCUUUGUAAUAGUAUAUAGAGGAGAUGAAAAAAUCACUUAUUUUCCUAUUUGCCCUAUCAGGGAGUAUAUAAUCUGAGCAUGAUAAAAUUCAAAUAAGUGACUAAUCAAUAUAUUCUUAAAAUGAGGUUUUGUAGUAUAGAGGUCUGAUAUGCUUCUAGACUUGACCCUCCUCCAGCCAAUUUCUCAUAAGUGUAUGGAUUUUAAUUCAUUUUUAGCUUUAAUAUUUCAUCACAUGCUUCUUUUUCUUCUUUUUUUACAUUUGUAUAAUUAAAAUCAAUCUCUUUUCUGCUUAAUCCUCUGCCUCCGGUAUCAUUGUUUUUGGGGCUUGUAGCUUAGCUCACUGUUUUUCUACAUGGUCCAUCUGUCCCUAAGAUUUGAUUUCUUAUUUUCCAUUUUUAGCUUUGUAUUGUGAGUGAAAAAUCUGAUUGAUUGCCUGUGGAGGCAAGUUUGUCCCAAGAUUUUUUAAGUUGCUUUCCUAUUUUAGGCGUCCAACUUAGCUUUUAAAUGUGAUACAAUGUCAGUUUGACACUUUUGGAAACUUGGAACUUUUAAAGAGCAACUUUUUGUGGAUUUAUAAGUAAUGCAGUUUGAAAUAUCUUAGUUACUAUGGAAUUAAUUAUGAAAAGAUUAAUGGAGAUUGAAAAUCAGUAGUCUUCGGUCAGCUUCCUUAAGGUAAUGUACCGAUUUCUGCAAAAGCAGUGGAAUUUCUUCUGGGGAACUCAGUCAAUGCUUUUUGAUUAUAGUAAACACACAAUUUAAAAAAAUGUUUCACUUGAAUAGAACAUAUUCUUUCCUGCAAACAGAAAUAAUUAUAGUAUUUUUAAAAUUCUUUGAUUAUAACAGGUUGAAAGAAGUUCAUAGUGUGAUUGAGGGGUUUUAAGGAAAUAUCUUAAAAGAUUUUCAGAGUAUUUGUUUCCAAUUAGCGAAUUUGUUCAUUCAGAUAUUUUCAAAAGUUUGAAAUCUAAGGUUCAGGAAGAUUGAAACCAGGCAAAGCAAAGAGUCACCUAAGUUAUAUAAUUCUAAGGCUUUGGGUAAUGAUCCAGGUGAGUUUCAUCCUAACAUAGAAAUGGUUUUGACAGUGGAUACUGCUGAUGUAGUUAAGUGCUUGGGUAAAUGUGCUCUUGUGGGAUAAACUAAAUUUGAUUUGUUUCAGAAGCCAUGGAGAAAAAGAAGAAAGAAAAAGAUAAAAUCAUGAUUGUUGAGUAUAAAAGUAACACUUAAUUUGAUAUAGUCCAUACCUUUGAAGAAAAGGUUGAAGCAUAAUCACAAAUGUGCACGAUCUCUUAAUAUGCCAAAUAAUCCCUCUGUUUUAAACCAGCAGUCUGGCAUACUUCAUCUGAAGUUUCAAUAGGGAAACAAAUUUGAAAGAAUUUCUGUAAUCUUUAAGAUGUACUGUGUGUUCUAAACACUAAAUCAAUAGCUGCAUACUAAACAGUGUUUUCAAACAAAUUUCUUAAGCAGCUAAGAUAUAUUUGUCCAGUAUCCACUGUAGAUGGAGAUAGAGUUGAAUUGGGUAAUUGUAGCCAUUUUUCUCUUACAUUUCUCUUUAACAACAACAAAAAAGGAGACACUGAACUCUUUAUAUGGAGACAACCAAAUGGGUAUUUGUUUUUCCCCUUGCAGAGAGAAAACUAGGCUUAGGCCAGAUCUCUAGUGGUCUAAGAAAAGUUAGAAUAGGAUUAGCAAGGGGGAGAAACUAAGGGAAGUAAGAGCUGUGAAAGCUAAAGAUUUCUUUAUUUCUAGAAAUCUUUGGAAAUGUAAAGCAUCAGAGUGUUUUUCAGUUUUCUAGAAUUUAUCGACCAGAAAAGGUCUGGUCUGUAAGUUUGGAAGGGACUCUAUAGAUGUGGAAUCAGAGACCUGAGGUAUCAGUGAGACCAAGAAAGUAGAAUUCACUAGUCUGAAGCCUAUGUGCAGGACUAGAUGGUGUGUCCCUACUUGGUUUUCAUGGGGAAAAUCUAUAAAUAGUAAUUUUAGAUUGGUACUAAGUAGAAAAGACAACAGACAGGAAUAUAGAUAUGAAGAUGGACUGUAGGCAAAGGAUAUGGAACUUGCUAAAAUCAGCUAAAUGAGUAUCUUCAUUAGCAGGUUUGAAUUUCUGAUUUUAAAAUAGAGUUGCACCCCUAUUUGAGCAGGUUG